GAGGUCACAGUACAACAGUCUGCGGGAGCAAACGAAGCAGGUGGCUGACAGGUACCGUGGCGAGGCAGCUGCCUUCCGACAACAACACGAGGAUAUUAUGAAGGUCCAGAAAAAGCUCCUAUCUGCUGCCGAAGAGCUGCAGGGCGAAAUGGACGCACUGUGGUCAGCUGCUGCUGUACGGGAGCAGUCAGCUGCGCAGUUAGAGCAGAAGGAAAAAUUUGGCGCGCACCAGCUAUUCCGCCAGCAGUACGAGCUGGGCACCUCAUUGACGUUAGAAUCACGCGACGUUGAACCUUUCGCGCCGGCCUUCUUCACCACGGAUGUGGUGAAUGCAAGGACAUUGCUGGAGGAGCGCAUGCGGGAGUUGCCUGGGCCAGCAGAUCAGCCAGGCGCGGCCAUCACAGUCGCGGAUGCUCCAGACCUUGCCAAGGAUAGGGUUGCAUGCAGGUGUGCGCGUGUGAUGGAUGAACUUAUCGGUGUAGCGAAGCCGAUGGGGUUCAUCGAUCGGACACCUCCGCCCACCCCAAACCCCAGCAAGACACGUGGACUGGGCAACACGGUCGACGGCAGCAGUGCUGCAAAAGCCGCUGAGGCGCUGGAUGCAGCUGUGGACUGCCAUGGUGAGGACAACGGCAUUGGACAAGUUGCAGCGCAUGAUGGCUGUGCCUCGCUGCCAUGUGGGUCGCCCACUGGGAUGUUUGUUCCGUCUACGCAGUUGGGUGCUAGCGAACUUAAGGAGUAGCUGGUGGCAUUUGCUUUCCGUUUUGAGUGGCAUCCUAAUCGUCAGCUGCUGUUUGCUUUCCCGCCCAGUAGUGUUACAUACACGAUGCCAUGUGUUCUGGUGAGGUGACGCGCCUCACAAGUGUGCCCACCGCCGCGGUCGUACUCACGUUGGCGCGGGAUAGUCGAAGGAAGACGUGCUUUGUAGCAAACAGGCAUGCGUGGUAUCAGGCAAGUUUCGUUGUUCCCAGGGCUGAAUUUGACAUAACGUUUGGGGGGCGUGCAGACGUGUACAGGGAUUCGACCCAUUUGCGCGCCAUGGCUAGCCAGGUUCGCUGCUUUGAACGGAGUCGGCGAGGUUGCGCGAUGUGCGAGGUGUGAGAUUGCAAGCGCGAGUGCAGCAGUGAGCGUUGUAUGCGGGCGCUAAGUUUCCUCCAGCGGUGCAACGGACUUUGCCUAAUUCGACGGCUACCUGUAUUUUCCUACAUGUAAGAGCUCGGAUUCAUG